AUGGAGUAUUACGUUUAUGUUCAAUAUACUUCUGAAGGUAAUAUGAUUCUGAUGUGUCUCUAUGUUGAUGACAUAUUGCUAACAGAGAGUUGUGAACAUGAGAUAGUUAAGCUCAAGAAGGUGUUGAUGUAUGAGUUUGAGAUAACUAAUAUAGAAAAGAUGACAUAUUUCAUAGGGAUGGAGUUUAUUUACUCUGAGAAAGAUAUCAUUUUACAUCAACUGAAGUAUGAACUUGAGCUUCUGAGGAGAUUCAAGCUGCUGAAUUAUACGGCUGUUUUCACACCGUUAGAAAUAAAUCACAAAUUAGAUUCUGAUUCUGAAGGUGAUGAUGUAGAUGCCACAACUUUCAAGCAGUUGGUUAGCUCUGUGAGGUAUUUGUGUAAUACCAUACCUGAUAUUUUCUAUACAGUUGGAAUGGUUAGUAGGUUCAUGAGUAAACCGAAGUGGUCUCAUUAUCAAACUGUUGUCAGGAUUCUGAGGUGUUGUGGCUGCAUGUCAAGCUGUUUGACUUCUGAAUUUACUGUAGGAUAUGAAGAUCAAGGUAAACAUGCCUCUGAAGCUGAUGAUUGA